GAGUGAUUGAGAUCGUUAAAAGGAGUGUUAUUUUCUCUGUGUUCUUAAGAAACAAAAAAAAAACAUCAUAAUAAUCAAGUUCUAAAAAAGAAAUUAAACAUUUAUUAUGUGUUUUAAUUAAUCAGCUAAAAAAAAUUCAAAAACGCACACCAUAAAGUGUUUGAUACAUGAAAUUAACUGAAGCAAAAAAACCCAAAGCGAAAAAACAAAUUGAUUUUGUUAGUAAUUAGAAAAAAAUUUCAUACCUAUAGAAGGAAAUUAAUAAAUAUUUGAAGAAAAUGUUUAACGUGCACGAUUUAAUGGAAUAUCGCAUGCAGCAACAAAUUGCCCAAGAAAUUUAUCGACAACAAAUUAUGCAGCGUAUACCGGAUCCCUUUCCGCCCAUGAUGCCCAUACCUAUGCCACAUCAUCUAAUGGCUGCUCCGCCACGGCCCACUUUGCCAGGCAAUGUUGAGGCUAAAUUGGAAAAUAAUGAUUUGUGGCAACAAUUUCACAAAAUCGGCACCGAAAUGAUUAUCACCAAAAGUGGAAGACGCAUGUUUCCCUCAAUGCGCGUUUCAGUUGCAGGCCUGGAAGAGGAUACCCAAUAUUGUAUUCUCUUGGAAAUGGUGCCCAUUGGGGAUUGCCGUUAUAAAUUCUCCGGCUCACAAUGGGUUCCGGCCGGUGGUGCAGAACCCCAAUCGCCACAGAGAAUGUUUUUGCAUCCGGAUAGCCCUGCCAGUGGUUCUCAUUGGCAAUCACAGGCUAUAUUGUUCAAUAAGGUCAAAUUGACCAAUAAUACCUUGGAUAAUAGUGGACAAAUUGUUUUGGCCAGCAUGCAUAAAUAUCAGCCUCGUUUGCAUAUCAUCAAAAGCUCAGAUCUGACGCAAUUACCAUGGUCUCCACAGCAAAAUUAUGUUUUUCCAGAGACCGAAUUCAUUGCUGUAACUGCCUAUCAGAAUGAUCGCAUUACCAAGCUAAAGAUUGACAACAAUCCCUUUGCCAAGGGCUUUAGGGAAACCGGACAAUCAAAGUGCAAACGAAAAUUAAUGUCUUCGUCAUCGUCCUCAUCUUCGACUUCCUCAACGCAAGGCGAGGAAAGUGAUGAUUGCCUAUCCAAAAACGAUGAUGAUCACUCCAGUGUGGCCAGUUUUGAGUCGCCACAACAUAAACGUUCCCGUUGCUCAGAAAAUUCCGAUGAAGAAUCCGGUUAUAGUUCAUCACGUUCUUCGCGUUCAUUUUCCCCGCGUUAUGAGGAUUUCCCCCGUCAUCAGAUGCCCGAGCAAUUGCAUUAUGGCAGUCCUACCUCCUCGUUUUAUCAUCCACAACAACAUUUGGUGGCAGCGGCCACUCUUAUGCAACAUCCUCUACAAAUGUUGCUUAGAGAACCUAUGACCUAUGGCUUAAUGCCUUCCCAGGCUUUGACCUUACCUGUUCCAGCUCAAAAUUCACCUGCUGUAAAUCUUACAGAAGCCUUGCCCAGCACAACAUCAGCAAAGACAACUUCAUCAACAAAUGCAACUUGCGCAUCGCCAACAUCUUCAAAGACACCUGCCUCAUCUCCAACGUCUGCUGACCAGCCCUCCUCCCCUUCCCAAAAGAAAAAUAAUUUUAGCAUCUCUGCCAUUUUGGCAUUCUAACGUAAUUUAAGUGUAAGGGCCUCAGGUUUGAUUCCCAAUAAUUUGUCCUGUUGUGAAAAUGCUGUGCAUAUUUCUUUUCUCGAUUUUU